AUUCCUUCCCUCAGUUGGGAAAAUCCCAUUACCCUUUGAAAUUGCAGCUUCCUUGUAGGAAAAACAGGGAUACAAGUAACUAUCUUUCAGGGUUGAUAGGAAAUUUAAAUGAGGUAUUGUAUAUGCAAGCAGCUGAGGAACACUCAAUUAGAAUAUUAGAGCCCCUUCCUUAUCUUUCCGACUUGAAUGAGUUUCUUGGUGCAUUUUCUUCCUCUUUCCCAGCUUAGCCAGCUUGACGACUAAAGCAACACCUUUCCAAGCAACAUUGGAAAUUUGACCUCCUCAUCAGAAAAAUGUGUAUAGACAUCUCUGGAGUCAGGCUACCCCAUAUGAAGCUUGGAUUUUGGCUUCACUGUGGCUGCAGGUAUUUGAGGAUGCAAUUAGCUGAACUAAUCUCACUCAAAUUCCUAAGUGCGACUUCUUACGUGGUUUUCAUCUAGCCGUUCUAUCUAUCCCAACAAGAAUCUGUUGCUAGACCUCAAAAACACUGAGUGCUGUCAGGAAAAAAUGUACAAGGCACCACAAAGAUUAUGGGGCAUCUACUAUGGAAAACCUAGACAUUGUCUAGAGCAUUGUUUGUGGUUAUCUCUGUCUUUCAUUGCCUUUGAUCUAUUUUUCAACUCUCCACAUUGUAGAAAAUGUCUGAUAAUUCAAAUGAUUCUUUUCCAUAAAAAUGCAAGUGAACAAUGUUCAGUGGGAUGCAAUGGACUAAUUUUGUAGGUAUUUGUAAAUUUAUUUUAACAUUUUGUAUUACCUAUGUAUAUAUGUGAUUCUCUGAAUUCUCUUUUGAACUGAUCAUAACAUCUUACUGGAUCUCGUUAAUUAAUGCAUUAAAGUCUUUGACCCAUGUUCAUUUUAUAUGAGAGUCUUGAUUUUAUAUUAAAAAAUGAUCCUUUGAGAGUGGCUAAUCCUGACAAGGGGAAGUCUCCCAGCACAGUGCACCAGCUCUUCAGCUGAUCCUGACAAGAGGGAUUCUCUCAGGACAGCGCACCAGCUCUGCUAAGGGACAGACUGCCUCCUCAAGCGAGUCUCUGAUCCUGUGCCUCCUGACUGGGUGAGACCUCCCAACAGGGGUCAACAGACACCUCAUACAGGAGAGCUCCAGCUGGCAUCAGGACAGUGCCCCUCUGGGGUAAAGCUUCCAGAGGAAGCAGCAGGCUGCAAUCUUUGCUGUUCUGCAGCCUCCACUGGUGAUACCCAGGUGAAGAGGGUCUGGAGUGGACCCCCAGCAAACUGCAGCAGACCUACAGAAGAGGGGCCUGACUCUUAGAAGAAAAACUGACAAACAAACAGAAAGCAACAACAACAUCAACAAAAAAGACCCCCAACACAAAAACUCCAUCCAAAGGUCAUCAGCCUCAAAGAUCAAAGGUAGAUGAUAAAUCCAUGAAGAUGAGCAAAAACCAAUGCAAAAAUGCUGAAAAUUCCAAAAGCCAGAAAGCCUCUUUUCCUCCAAAUGAUCACAACACUUCUUCAGCAAGGGCACAGAAUAGGGCUGAAGCUGAGAUGGAUGAACUGAUUAAAGUAGGCUUCAGAAAGUGGGUAAUAACAGAUUUCGCUGAGGUAAAGGAUUAUGUUCCAACCCAAUGCAAAGAAGCUAAGAACCAUGAUAAAAGAUUACAGGAGCUGUUAACUAGAAUAACCAGUUUAGAGAAUGACAUGAUGGAGCUGAAAAACACAGAACGAGAACUUUGUGAUGCAAAGACAACUAUCAAUAGCUGAAUUGACCAAGCGAAAGAGAGAAUAUCAGAGCUUGAAGACUAUCUUCCUGAAAUAAGGCAAGCAGACAAGAUUAGAGAAAAAAGAAUGAAAUGGAAAGAACAAAAUCUCCAGGAACUAUGGGACUAUGUGGAAAGACCAAACCUACGACUAACUGGAGUAGCUGAAAAAGAUGGGGAGAAUGGAACCAAGUUGGAAAACACACUGCAGGAUAUCAUCCAGGAGAAACUCCCCAACCUAGCAAGACAGGCCAAUACUCAAAUUCGGGAAAUCCAGAGAACCCCAGUAAGAUACUCCAUGAAAAGAUCUACCCCAAGACAGAUAAUCCUCAGAUUCUCCAAGGUCAAAAUGAAGAAAAAAAUGUUAAGGGCAGCCAGAGAGAAAGGCCAGGUCACCUACAAAGGGAAGCCCAUCAGACUAACAGCUGACCUCUCAGCAGAAACCCUACAAGCCAGAAGACACCAGGGGCCAAUGUUCAAUAUUCUUGAAGAAAAGAAAUUCCAACCCAGAAUUUCAUAUCUGACCAAACUAAGCUUCAUAAGCAAAGGAGAAAUAAAAUCUUCUCCAGACAAGCAAAUGCUGAGGGAUUUUGUCACCACCAGGCCUGUCUUGCAAGAGCUCCUGAAAGAAGCACUAAACAUGGAUAGGAAAAUCACUACAAAAACACAUUGAACUACACAGACUAGUGACACUAUGAAGAAACUACAUUAACAAGUCUGCAAAACUAACCAGUCAGCAUCAUGAUGACAGGAUCAAAUUCACACAUAACAAUAUUAACCUUAAAUGUAAAUGGACUAAAUGCUCCAAUUAAAAGCACAGAAUGGCAAGCUGGAUACAAAGACAAGACCCAUAAUGGUGCUGUAUUCAAGAGGCACAUCUUAUGUGCAAAGACGUACAUAGACUCAAAAUAAGGGGCUGUAGGAAAAUUUGCCAAGCAAAUGGAAAGCAGAAAAUAGAAGGGGUUGCAAUCCUAGUUUCUGAAAAAAUAGACUUUAAACCAACAAAGGUCAAAAAAAGACAAAGAAGGGCAUUACAUAAUGCUAAAGGGUUCAAUUCAUCAAGAAGAGCUAACUAUCCUAAAUAUAUAUGUACUCAAUACAGGAGUACCCAGAUUCACAAAACGAGUUCUUAGAGACCUACAAAGAGACUUAGACCCCCACAAAAUAAUAGUGGAAGACUUUAAUACCCCACUGUCAGUACUACACAGAUCAUCAAGGCAGAAAAAUUAACAAAGAUAUUCAGGAUUUGAACUCAGCUCUAGACCAAGUGGACCUGAUAGAUAUCUACAGAACUCUUCACCCCAAAACAAUAUAGUAUACAUCUUUUUCAGCACCACGUGGCACUUACUCUAAAAUUGAUCACAUAAUUGGAAGUAAAGCACUCCUCAGCAAAUGCAAAAGAACUGAAAUAAUAACAAACAGUCUCUCAGACCACAGUGUAAUCAAAUUAGAACUCAAGAUUAAAAAGCCUACCCCAAACCACACAACUACAUGGAAAUUGAACAGCCUGCUCUUGAAUGACUCCUGGGUAAAUAAUAAAAUUAAGGCAGAAAUUAAGAAGUUCUUUGAAAACAAUGAGAACAAAGAGACAAUGUAUCAGAAUCUCUGGGAUGCAGCUAAAGCAGUGUUGAGAGGGAAAUUUAUAGCACUAAAUGCCCAUAUCAAAAAUGUAGAAAUAUCUCAAAUCAACACCCUAAGAUCACAGCUAAAAGAACUAGAGAACCAAGAGCAAACAAACCCCACCGCUAGCAGAAGACAAGAAAUAACUAAGCUCAGAGCAGAACUGAAGGAGACAGAGACACAAAAAACCCUUCAAAAAAUCAAUGAGUCCAGGAGCUGGUUUUUUGAAAAAAAAUCAGUAAAAUGGACGGACCACUAAUAAGACUAGUAACGAAGAAAAGAGAGAAGAUUCAAAUAAACACAAUCAGAAAUGAUAAGGGGGAUACCACUACUGACCCCACAGAAAUAUAAACAACCAUCAGAUAAUACUAUAAACACAUCUAUGUGAAUAAACUGGAAAAUCUAGAAGAAAUGGAUGAAUUCCUGGACACAUAACCCUCCCAAGACUGAAUCCCUAUAUAGACCAAUAACAAGUUCUGAAAUUAAGGCAGUAAUAAAUAGCCUACCAACAAAAAGAAAGAGUCCAGGUCCAGAUAGAUUUACAGUUGAAUUCUACCAGAGGUACAAAGAGGAGCUGGUACCAUUUCUUCUGAAACUAUUCCAAACAAUUGAAAAGGAAGGACUCCUCCCUAACUCUUUUUAUGAGGCCAGAAUCAUCCUGAUACCAAAACCUGCCAGAGAUACAACAACAACAAAAAAACUUCAGGCCAAUAUCUCUGAUGAAUAUCGAUGUAAAAAUCCUCAAUAAAAUACUGGCAAACCAAAUCCAGCAGCACAUCAAAACACUUAUCAACCACGAUCAAGUUGGCUUCAUCCCUGGGAUGCAAGGCUGGUUCAACAUACACAAAUCAAUAAACAUAAUUUAUCACAUAAACAGAACUAAAGACAAAAACCACACAAUUAUUUCAAUACACAGAGAAAAGGCCUUUGAUAAAAUUCAACAUCCCUUCAUGUUAAAAACUCUCAGUAAACUAGAUGUUGAAGGAAUGUAUCUCAAAAUAAUAAGAGCCAUUUAUGACAAACCCACAGCCAAUAUCAUACUGAAUAGGCAAAACCUGAAAGCAUUCCCCGUAAAAACUGACACAAGACAAGGAUUCCCUCUCUCACCACUCCUAUUCAACAUAGUGUUGGAAGAAGCUCUGACCAGGGCAACUAGGCAAGAGAAAGAAAUAAAGUAUAUUCAAAUAGGAAGAGAGGAAGUCAAAGUGUGUUUUUUGCAGGUGGCGUAAUCCUAUAUCUAGAAAACCCCAUCAUUUCAGCCCAAAAACUUCUUAAGCUGGUAAUCAACUUUAGCAAAGUCUCAGGAUACAAAAUUAAUGUGCAGAAAUCACAAGCAUUCCUAUACACCAACAACAGACAAGCAGAAACCUAAAUCAUGAAUGAACUCCCAUUCACGAUUGCCACAAAAAGAAUAAAAUAUCUAGGAAUACAGCUAUCAAAGGAAGUGAAGGACCUCUUCAAGGAGAACUAUAAAGCACUGCUCAAGGAAAUCAAAGAGGGCACAAGCAGAUGGAAAAACAUUCCAUGCUCAUGGAUAGGAAGAAUUAAUAUCAUGAAAAUGGCCAUAGUGCCCAAAGCAAUUUAUAGAUUCAAUGCUAUUCCCAUUAAACUAUCAUUGAUAUUCUUCACAGAAUUAGAAAAAAAAACGGGCUGGGCAUGGCGGCUCACACAUGUAAUCCCAGCACUUUGGGAGGCCGAGGUGGAUCACGAGGUCAGGAGAUCAAGACCAUCCUGGCUAACAUGGUGAAACCCCAUCUCUACUAAAAAUACAAAAAAUUAGCCAGGCAUGGGUGGCAGGCACCUGUAGUCCCAGCUACUCGGAGGCUGAGGCAGGAGAAUGGCAUGAACCCGGGAGGUGGAGCUUGCAGUGAGCUGAGAUCGUGUCACUGCACUCCAGUCUGGGUGACAGAGUGAGACUCCAUCUCAAAAAAAAGAAAACAAGUAUUUUAAAAUUUAUAUGGAACCAAAAAAGAAAUCACAUAGCCAAGGCAAUCCUAAGCAAAAAAAAAAAAAAAAAAAAAAAAAAAAAAAAAAAAAAAAAAAAAAACCAAAAAAAACAAAGCUGGAGGCAUCACACUACCCAACUUCAAAUUACACUACAAGGCCACAGUAACCAAAACAGCAUGGUACUGGUACAAAAACAGGCACAUAGACAAAUGGAACAGAUAGAGAACUCAGAAAUAAAACUGCACAUCUACAACCAUCUGAUGUUCAACAAACCCAACAAAAACAAGCAAUGGGAAUAGGAUUCUCUACUUAAUAAAUGGUGCUGGGAGAACUGGCUAGCUAUGUGCAGAAAAUUGAAACUGGAUCCCUUCCUUACACCUUAUACAAAAAUUAACUCAAGAUGGAUUAAAGACUUAAACAUAAAACCCAAAAGUAUAAAAACCCUAGAAGAAAAUCUAGGCAAUACCAUUCAGAACAUAGGCAAGGGCAAAGAUUUUAUGAAGAAAUUGCCAAAAGCAAUUGCAAUGAAAGCAAAAAUUGACAAAUGGGAUCUAAUUAAACUAAAGAGCUUCUGCACAGCAAAUGAAACUAUCAUCAGAGUGAACAGACAACCUACAGAGUAGGAUAAGUUUUCUGCAAUCUAUUCAACUGACAAAGGGCUAAUAUCCAGAAUCUACAAGGAAAUUAAGCAAAUUUACAAGAAAAAAACAAACAACCCCAUUAAAAUGUAGGCAAAGUAUAUGAACAGACACUUCUCAAAAAAAGACAUGCAGCCAACAAACAUAUGAAAAAUAGCUCAACAUCACUGAUCGUUAGAGAAAUGAAAAUCAAAACCACAAUGAGAUACCAUCUCACGCCAGUCAGAAUGGCAAUUAUUAAAAGGUCAAGAAACAACAAAUGCUGGCAAGGUUGCAGAGAAAUAGGAAUGCUUUUACACUGUUGAUGGGAAUGUAAAUUAGUUCAACCAUUGUGAAGAAGAGUAGGACAACUCCUCAAAGAUUUAGAAUUAGAAAUACCAUUUGACCCAGCAAUCCCAUUACUGGGUAUAUACCCAAAGGAAUAUAAAUCAUUCUAUCUUAAAGAUACAUGCAGGCAUAGGUUCAUUGCAGCACUAUUCACAAUAGUAAAGACAUGGAAUCAACCUAAAGGUCCAUCAGUGAUAGACUGGAUAAAGAAAAUGUGGUACAUACACUCCAUGGAAUACUAUGCAACCAUAAAAAGGAACAUGUCCUUUGCAGGGACAUGGAUAAAGCUGGAAGCCAUCAUUCUAAGAAACAGGACCCACAAUAAACAAAUGAGUACAAAGAUUUUAAAAUGUGAAUCACCUGGGGAUCUUGUUAAAAUGGAGGCUGAGAUUCUACCUUUCUAACAGUGCCCUAACACAUCUAACGGGGUCAUACUGAUGUGGCUGGUCUUGAGCUCACAUUUAAUUUAAUUUUAGAUAUUAGGUUUUAGAUAAUGUCUUAGUCUGUUUGGGCUAUGAUAACAAAAAUACCUUAGUCUGUUCAGGCUACUAUAACAAAGUUAUAAACAACAGAAAUGUAUGGCUCACACUUCCAGAGGCUUGGAAGUCCAAGAAAGGCGCAAGCAGAUUCGGUGUUUGGUGAGGGCUUUGCUUUACAGCUGGGGCCUUCUUGCAGCAUCCUCACGUGGACGUUCUCACAUGGAGGAAGGUGCAAACAAGCUCUCUUGGGCUUCUUUUAUAAAAGCAUGAAUCCCCAUCCAUGAGGGCUCCACCCUCAUAACCUAAUCACCUCCCAGAUGCAACCACCCCCCGCCACCACAGAACUGCACUGGGGAUUAAGUUUCCACAAAUGAACUGGGGGAGGACACAGACAUUUAGACCACAGCAAAUAGCAUGGUCAAUGAAGAUCUCUCUGUGACUCAGUCUCCUUUUCUGUAAUUGGGGUUAUUAAUUGAUCCUGCUGCAUAAAGGGUGUUUGUACAUUAAAGUACAGUAUCUUGGACACAGUAAUAAUUCUAUACCUUUUUUUAAUAACUGUAUCACUUACUUUGAUUUUUAAAAGACUUCCCUGCAGAACAGCAUGGCAUCCUUCUAAGGAGUUAAGAAAAUGAUAACAGAAGCAAGAAGGAGAUAGGAAAGUUAAGGUAAAGGACAUUCACCCUCCACUGACAAUAUUAUUUCCAGGAAUGGUAAUAACAAGUAGAAAUUUUGUGAAAUCUAGGAGGUCUCAGUGUAUAAAUGUGGAAUUGGACUUCUGAAUAUACAGUAUUUGGGUUUAUUAAACCCCAUAAUAAUUUUAGUAGCAAUUACUUCUCUGAGUGUAAAAUUAAUCUCAAUUUAUAAAAUAAAGUAGAAAUUUCAUGUCUAUCCUUUUAUAGAAAUUAUUUUAGAGAUAUAGGGUAAACCCUCAGGAAUAGGAAUAUACAAAUUGCAUUAAAUUAUGUAUAUUUUAUUUAAAAAGCCAAUUAUGCUGGAAAAUGUUAUUAUUUUAUAAACAGAGAGCUAGGAUUAUGUAGAUUAUAUACGGUUGGUUUUAGAAGCUAAGAUAUAGCUUAUUUUAAACAGAUGCUGUAUUUCAGAAAUGCAUUUCAGAAAUCUGUUUUUUCAAUAUAUAUAAAGCUGAGAAACUUCACCCACCCCCCUUUUUUAGGAAAAUCCUCUGAUGAACUUUACAUUAAGAUAUUUCACAGUAAAAGAAAAAAAAAAACAGCUUGAUAUUAUGCUCUUUGGGGAGUUUGGUUUUUCUCUUUGGUAUUGUGUGGUCUUAUGUUAGAGUAAUCCUGCAUAGCACUGUAAUCUAGUCACAGAUCAUUGUUAUUAGUGUCAAUGAUAAUUAUACCAUACAUUUUGAUGGCAUCACAGUCUUCAAAGGGUUUUUCCAUACAUUACUUUAGUUAAUGUGCUCCACAACCUGAGAGGAAGGCAGAACAGGUAUAAUUUUUUUUCUUUUUUUACAACAGAAGACAAGUGAGAUUUGCUGAAAAUUGCAUGGUUGAGAAAUGGAGGAACAUGAUUCAGAACGCGAGGCUUCUGAAUUCUAACUCAUUACUCUGCACCCAGCCCAUCUAACGUUGCACUGAGACUCUGACAAGGAAGGCAGUGAUCUGUGAUGACCUUGCUGAAUAUAUUAAGCAGAAAUGAGAAGAUGUAGGACGACAACCUGGGGCAAAAUGCAGAUAAGGAAAGGAAACCUGUCCUAAUUGGGUUGUCUUUCCUUUAAGUACCUGAGCAAUGGAUGGAAGCAGAGACUCAGAAUGAUAACCCUCUUGAUCAAGUUUUUCAGGAUGAUGAUUCAGGGUGAUGGUUUGGAAGCAUUCUCUUUGAAAACUAGUUGGUAGUUGAUGCACAAUGAAAUACUGUCCAGCUGAGAAAGAGAUGGAAAAUUAUCCGGUGGCUAAUUCCCAAGCUGAUGGCCCUACCCUACCUCAGUUCUAUCCCCACCUCAUGCCCUGCAGAUUGCUGGGGUUUCUGGUGGAAAUCCAACUCCUCUUUAAAACCUCCUCCAUUUCCUCACCCUCCACCUCUACUCUUAGCACUUGAGAGUGUACAUUUCGUCUUUGCUCCUCUUCCCUCCCCAGAUGAUCCAAAUAGAAAAUACAUCAGCACGUGGGAAAGAGCAACGUUGAUCGUCUUCACGGAAAGGCUGAGGACCCUGCGCCUACCACAUGUUGGCCAGGGUGAGCAAGCAGUGAAAGAGAAAACACUUUUUUCAAAAAGCCAACUGAUCCUUAGCCCAACACAGACAAGAGAUUGUGGACAAGUCAGUGAGUCCAUGGAGCCUGGAGACGUAUUCCUAUAACAUAUACCACCCCAUGGGAGAGAUCUAUGAGUGGAUGAGAGAGAUCAGUGAGAAGUACAAGGAAGUGGUGACACAGCAUUUCCUAGGAGUGACCUAUGAGACCCACCCCAUGUAUUAUCUGAAGAUCAGCCAACCAUCUGGUAAUCCCAAGAAAAUCAUUUGGAUGGACUGUGGAAUUCACGCCAGAGAAUGGAUUGCUCCUGCUUUUUGCCAAUGGUUCGUCAAAGAAAUUCUACAAAACCAUAAAGACAACUCAAGGAUACGCAAGCUCCUUAGGAACCUGGACUUCUAUGUCCUUCCAGUUCUUAACAUAGAUGGUUAUAUCUACACUUGGACAACUGAUCGUCUUUGGAGGAAAUCCCGUUCACCCCAUAAUAAUGGCACAUGUUUUGGGACGGAUCUCAAUCGAAAUUUCAAUGCAUCUUGGUGUAGUAUUGGUGCCUCUAGAAACUGCCAAGAUCAAACAUUCUGUGGGACAGGGCCAGUGUCUGAACCAGAGACUAAAGCUAUUGCCAGCUUCAUAGAGAGCAAGAAGGAUGAUAUUUUGUGCUUCCUGACCAUGCACUCUUAUGGGCAGUUAAUUCUCACACCUUACGGCUACACCAAAAAUAAAUCAAUUAACCACCCAGAAAUGAUUCAAGUUGGACAGAAGGCAGCAAAUGCAUUGAAAGCAAAGUAUGGAACCAAUUAUAGAGUUGGAUCGAGUGCAGAUAUUUUAUAUGCCUCAUCAGGGUCUUCAAGAGACUGGGCCCGAGACAUUGGGAUUCCCUUCUCAUAUACGUUUGAGCUGAGGGACAGUGGAACAUAUGGGUUUGUUCUGCCAGAAGCUCAGAUCCAGCCCACCUGUGAGGAGACCAUGGAGGCUGUGCUGUCAGUCCUGGAUGAUGUGUAUGCGAAACACUGGCACUCGGACAGUGCUGGAAGGGUGACAUCUGCCACUGUGCUGCUGAGCCUGCUGGUGUCCUGCAUGUCUCUUCUCUAAGUGCAUUCUGCCCAGGCCUGCUCAACCCCAGUGGCAUGAGUGUGGCUGGAGGAACGGUGUAUUAUGGUUGUAAAGAAACCAAAUAAUUUAACUAAAAAUACUUCCUAUUUCAAUAAGGAAAAAUCAUGUCUGAGUUUUAAUAUUUGUUUUUCUGUGAGUUGAGCUUUAUUCCUUUAUACGAGGAAUUAGUUAGGUAUUAGUUAGUUAUUGCUACAAUAAUGCUACAAACCAAACCUCUCUAAAACCAAGUGGUGCAAAUCUACAGGUCACGAUGCAGUGAUCUUGGUUGUGCUCGCUUAGGCAUCCAUGGUCAGUUUCAGGGCAGCUGGUAGAUCUCGGAUGAACUCACUCUGGGGGUUGGCUACUGUAGGCUAGUAUAGGAUAGCCUCAGCUGCAAUGAGGAACGGGGGCUGUGCUCCAUGUAUCUUCUCGUCCAGCACAUUAGUACUAUGCACUCAUGGCCAUGGUGAAGGGGCAAAAGCAGCAGAGCAAGUCUCAAUGUUCAGGGGCUUUUCAAACCUCUGCUUGCAUCCUAUUUGCUAACAUCCCAUUUGCCAAAGGAAGUCACAUGGCUGAGCUCUGCAUCAAGGGGUGGAGCAGAACAGAAGGUGGUGGUGAGUGAAGAAUUGGGGCCAUCAGUGAAAUGACUCUAUCUGGUGUUUAUAUCACACCCUUGAGCUUCACUGGCUUAGCUUCAUAGUCGGUAGCUCAGCUACAAUUCCAGGCAACUCAACUAGAUGGCUAUUAUCCUAUUCAGCUUUAAACGUGGAGAAGGCUGUGAGUUCCAGUGGAACCCCACUGCUCUUGAAAUCUAACUAAAAGUCACACAAUGAGAUUCUGAUAGGGCCUUUUGUGUUCUACUAAUUUUUGUGAUUUAUGAUCUCAACAUUCAUUAAGGAAAAUGAAGUAGGAAUAGGUCUUCUGCCUGGGGCUCUGGGGAUUUUUUCUCAUCUGUAUUCUUCAAAAAUUUUGCUUAUGCUUUUGAACCAGGGUCCUGCUUUCUUAAUUUUGUGUUAAUGAGUUAGUAGCAGCAUUCAGAGGAUAAGUUAUACAAUCUCUCUUGAUGACUGUUGCUGGUUUUAUUUACUUAUUUAUUCAUUAAAAAAAUUAAGGAUCUACUAGGUGCAUUUUGAUAGGUUCUGGGGUUACAAUGGUCAAUAAGAUAGACAUAGUCCCUGUCUAUUUGAAAUUUAUAUUCCAGUGGGUGAAAUCAGGACUAGAAGCCAUAAAUAAUUGGAAUGGACACGCUGUUUCAUACCAGGUGAAUCCCAGCUCUAGGGGAGUACAAUAAGCAAGAACACAAAUAAAGAAACUAAAUAUUGCAGUUUGUGACACAUACUAUGAAAAGUCAGUAGAGAGGAGAGGAAGGCCCACAUUGUACGUGUACGGAUAUCUAGGCAUUUAAUUGUGCUAUCUCAUCUAUUAAACUGUGAGUGCUGUUAAAGUAGCAGCCAUGACUGUCAUUUCCUAUGUAUCUCUAUGUGACACCUUGAAAUGGUGCUAAGCAGUUGUCAGGCUUCGAAUAAAUGUAGUCGUGACCAGCUGACAGGGCAUCCUUGGGUGUUCAGUCACCCAUUGCCAAAUUUCCUUGUUGGUCACAGUCACAGUACACUUCUUGGUUGUAACCCUUUUAUUGCCUUUCUUUGUCGUCUUUAUUUCUUCAUGUUUUGCUAGUGUGUGGCUGAUAAGGGUCAGAAAGGAAAAUGUCAGAGGCAAUAGGGUUUAAUGAAUCAGGGAACUGCUAUUAACAUAAAAAUGCCAACUCCACAAUUGUGGCAUUGUCAGGAGGAAAUGGUUUGGUUUCAUCAACGGUCAGCCUAGAAGGGAAGAAAACUAGUGUGACCACCCAAUGCUAUAUUCAAGAAGAAAGCAGGGGAGCUGUGCUUAGAGACACUGGUUAUCAGUGUUCAUCUAGCUUGGGUUUUAUCUCCAAGGCUAUUUUAAAAAUAAUUCGGACCUCUGGGUACUAUGGGAGCUCUGAUCUACAAAGUUUAAUUCAUGUCUAGAGAUGGAGCUCAUGGGCAAAUAAAGUCAGAAGAGAAUAGAGAGAAACUCAGUUAAUCAAUCAGCUUGCCUGAAACCUCCCACAUGGAUUUUUCCAGAUUUCAGGAUGUGAUCAUAGCUUCCUUGAGGGGCUUCGCCUGUCUCUGGGGGAAUAGGAUACUGGGACACAUGACACAUUUUUUACUGCUUCUGGAAGUUGUUUUACUUCCUGUGAAAGAAUCCUAAGAACAGGGAUAGAAAGAUGGUAAAUGACCACACUGAUCUUUCUAAGAAUGUUUUCAGCUUUGUGGUGGAAAAUGAUAUUUGGCUGGGAAAACUUCACAGCUGAUGCUACUAAUGCAUUCUUGAGAGUAUCCUGUUUGUAGUUU